AUGUCUGCAUGGGGAACAGCAUCCACGCUGAGGAUGAUUACUGGUGCCUCUUCCACGAGCUCGACCAACGUCUUGUUCUAUACAUGGAUCGCGAACGCCCCACAGCUGGCUAUAUCAGUCCUUUACGUCGCCGUGAACAAUUACAUGACACGACUCUGUUCCUCCCACGAAUGGAACCGCGUUUCCAAGUCGAGGAAGGCUUUACGAGUUACGAAACCGGUGGCCGGCCAGCGAAGCUCUCACUUCCUCUCGCUCCCAUACCGGUGGGCAGUCCCACUGACCGUAGCAUCCGGCUUCAUGCAUUGGCUACUGUCCCAAAGCAUAUUCCUUGCCCGCUUGGAAACAUUGGACGGACGAGGAAAUCCGAGACCAGACGAGUCGCUUUGCACCUGUGGCUAUUCUACGUUGAGCCUCAUGGUUCUUCUUGGGGUACUCUCACUAGAGGCUCUUUGCACGGCUGCUUCGAGUUUGGGAGGCAUCAAAGAACGGCUACCAGUUGCAGCCAAUUGCAGUCUUGUCAUCAGUGCGGCUUGUCACCCGCCACCGGAAGAUGUUGAUGCGUACAAGAAGCCCGUUCAGUGGGGCGUUGUCAAACCUCGUUUCGAUGGCGCUGGCCAUUGUACUAUCACCAGUGAGGGCGUGAGGAAGCCAGAGGUAGCCAAGUCGUAUGCUUAG